UUUGAAAAACGUUUGUUUUUGAAAGUUGCGGAAACCAAAAAAAUAAAUAAACCAAGUUUUCCAAUUAAUUAAUUAUGAAAAGAACGUAUAGAUCUAAAAAAGAAACCGGCGGUGGUUUAGAUCCUCGUGAUGUUGUACUUGCAUUGGAUGAAAAGGCUUCGGCCUUUGAUGCUUUCUAUAUACAAAAUAUUAAACAAACUAAGCGAGAAAUGUCUAUCGGAGCUUCGAUGUUUGCUGCAUCGAAUAAAGUUCGUAAAAGGAAAUAUGUUAAACGGCUAAAGGACCAGGAACCUAUCAGGGAGGCUAGAGAAUCCACGUCGACAUCUGCCUAUUUAACUCCGGACAAAUCUUUAAGAUUAAAAAGAGCUUUGGAUCCGUUUGAUAUGCUUCUGAAUUCGCCGUCAAGUAAAGUAUCUUCACAACCAGUGUUUAGUCCGAUGUAUGCCAAAAGGAAAGGCAAGUCAUACAGAAAGAAGGCAUCAAACAAGAAAAAGUACAACUAUAAUACCAGUGAAUCAGAUUCAGAAAAAGAAACUCACCAAAGCAUUAGUGAUGUAACACAUGAUGCAUCAAAUGUCCUCAGUUAUAAAUUGGAUAUUGUAGAGGAAAAGGUUAUGCCAGCAGUCAUAAAUGAUUCUAUUAAUGAUAUUAAAAUUGAAGAUUUAUCUUUAUUAAAAAAUACAGUUAGUCCUUUGUCAAUGGAUCUGAAAGAUAAAUUUAAUACCUCAUUUGUGAAAUCUCCUUUAUGUAGUACUCCAUUUAAUAAAAAAUAUAGAGGCAAAUCUAUUUACAAAUUUUCACCUAUAUCACUAAGUAUUGAUGAUAGUGAAUAUGGUACAACUACAACUGAGUUUCAGAAAAGUUGCAAUAACCAAGAAGAUGAUAGAAUAUAUAAAAUUGUUCAAAAUACAACAUCAAUUGUAUCACAUGAGAACAAUGUUAGUGAUUCUCCAGUAUUGCAGACUAAAGAUGUAAUUAAUAAAACUAAGCUAAAAGAUGUAGAAACAUUUAAGCGCUAUCACCAUCUACUGGCAUGUAAGAAUAUAUCCCAACUAGAAAAAAGUACAGAAGAGCCUCUUCUAGGUUUCUCAAACGCAAUAAGCUCAGAAAAUAUAUUCAUGCAAGCAAUCAGAAAGAGAUAUAAAGAAAUCACAGAAGACACUCACAAUGAUGUACAAAAAAGCCAGCCAUCCAGUUUCUCGGGUGAUUUGGGCAUUGUAAAAAAUUGUCAUGGUUCAUAUUCAAGUAAUUCUAAUGAUGAUGAUUCAACAACAGACAAUUUUAAGGCUAAAAAUAAUCAUCACGAAAUUAAUAAAAGCCAAAACAAUAUUAAUCUAGAAGUCUCAAUAGAUCAAUAUAACGAAGAAAAAUAUAAUAAUGAAAAUGAAUCUAUUCAUAAAACAACAAGUCAUAUAUCUUUAAAAGAAAACAGCAUGGAUCCAAAUAAACAAGUAAAUACUUUGGGAUUUAGUCAAAUAAUUAGUGGUAUCGGAAACGAAAUUAGCAUAAAUGAACAUUAUCUUUUAGAACAAAGUGAGACUUAUACUGAUAAAAAUAGUGUAAUAGAAAAUGAGAAUAGUUUAGUAUCAAGUCCACAUCGGAAGGAAUGUGAUGUUUAUGAAAAUCAACUUAAUGCAAAUGAAGAAAGUACUUCAGAAUUAAGUCAUAUAUAUUUAGAACAAAAUAGCAAUAUAUGUAGUGAAAAAGAUAGUAUUGUUGAAAAUAGUAAUUGUUUAACACCACAACAUUUGAAGGAAAGUAAUACUGAAGAAAAUCAACUUCAUUUAAAUGAAGAAAGUAUUUCAGAAUUAAGUUAUAUAUAUUCAGAACAAAAUAGCACUAUAAGUAGUGAAAAAAAUAUUAUCGUUGAAAUCGAUAAUAGCUUAGCAUCAGGCCCACCACUUUUGAUGGAAAGUUAUACUGAAGAAAGUCAACUUCAUUUAAAUAAAGAAAGUAUUUCAGAAUUAAGUCAUACAUAUUCGGAGCGAAAUAGCUCUAUAAAUAGUGAUUAUAGUUCAAAGGCAGAUUCAAGUACGUCAGGCAACAGUGACUCUCAUUAUGAAUCUUGUAAUAGUGAAUGUGAAAUCUCAGAGAUUAAAACAAAUAAAAAAGAACUUGUAGUUGAACUAGAGAGACUUAAUGAGUCAUUAAUAAGUAAAUAUUACACAAAUAAGAAUGAUUCGAUAAAUGGUGCAUUAGAAACUGAAAAUAUGAAAGAUGCGUUGUACUGCGGUGAGAUUAGUAGUAAUAGUUGUUCUAACGAUAAUGAACGAGAAAGCACUACAAGUAACGAAGAAUGUGAUGUUUCACAAGAGUCAUCCAAUGCUGAUAAAGAUGUAGCUUCUAUUGAUGAAAACAAUAAAUCUGACGAAGAUAUAUUUGAUAGCUUUGUUACAAGAAGAAAGAGGAAUGAAGUAACAAAAGAUUCAUUCAUAUUGUCAUUCGAGAACUCUCUUACUAGUGGCAGUAGUGGCGAUUAUGAUAAGACUGUAAUUAGUAAUUAUAAAAAUAGCUUAGGUAGCUUAAAAGAAUAUAGUAAUAACACUCUUACGAUAAGUGAUGUUCAAAUAGACAAGAAUGGCAAAGUUGAUGAAAGCCAAAUUGAAAGUGAAUAUUUAUUACAAAAAGAAAAAUCUAUAUUAGAAACUAAUACUCAGACUGAAACACCAUUACCAAAAAUAAAACGAUCAAGUGAAGUAUUAACUUCUGUUGGAACUAGAAAGAGUUCAAAAUUCUUAAACAGGGUAUCUUAUGAUAAAGAAAUUGAUGGAACUUCAAGAAAAUCCUUAGCUGCUGGAAAAAGAACUGUAAAUACUAGAAAGAGUAAACAGCAAUAUAUAUCUAGUCCCAAUAUUCUAGCUAUUGAUGAAGAUAAUUACUUGAGUUCAAGAAAUAGUGUUGUACCUCAUACUGAUGUUGUAACAAGGAGAACUUCUAGGUUGUCUAGAAAAAGUAAUGAAAACAUAAAUUCUAGUGCUCAUAGGGUACCAGCACAAAAUUUCGAUAAUCAAACAUCUUAUAACAUAGAUGAUGAUAAAUCUGAGUUAAAACCUGGUAUAGUCCUAGAGCCAGGCAAAAGAUGGGAAAGAUCUCUCAGUAUUUUCAGACGAAUGACGACAUUGGGUGGUAAUUUAGAUCAGUCAGUUUCGGAGGAAGAAAAAAUUAGCAAUAAAGGGCGGAUGUAUCGUCAAAGUGUCAUCCAUACUAUGGAAAUUCAGGACAUAUCAGUAUCACUACACAAUGAAUCAGUUAGAAGUCGAUUUAGUGACAUCCAUUCUAAACCUAGCAGGUCUACUAUUAAAAUUGUGAGGGAAUCUAAUGCAUCCAGAAUCAGUUUGUCUUCUACUUUGACAUCUGAGGAUUUAGGAUUUUUGACAGAAGACUGUGAUGAUACGGUUGUCGAGUUAUCGAAACUCUCGAUCAUCGGCUCUGACCACGAGGUCACUGUGCUAGACAACUUUAAUGAUUCGUCGAAUCGGAUAACUACCGCGCGCGAUUACGUCCUGCGACGGUGCAAUCAAACAGACGUUAUACUGUUUGAUGAAUGCUAUCCAGAUACGGCUCUGAAGAAUUGCCGCAAGAUCGGCGAGGGUGUGUACGGCGAGGUGUUCCUGUGGCGCGCUGGCGACGGCCGGGCUCGCGUGCUGAAGAUUGUGCCAAUCGCGGGCGACACCAAGGUCAAUGGAGAGAGCCAGAAGGACUACCACGAGAUUAUAUCGGAAAUUGUAAUUGCUAUGGAAUUGAGCGCCCUACGCGCUCCCAUAAUAGAUAUUGAAAAACAUUUUGAUGAAGGGCAGACUAACGAAACAUUGGAUUUACAUUGUGUAGAGAAUGCCACGGAUGUUUUCAAUGAGGUUCUAGCAGUGCGCUGCGUAUACGGCAACUAUCCGUCCCGCCUGCUCGACCUGUGGGAGCUUUACGACGAGUGCAAGGGCUCUGACAACGACAACCCAGCGGUGCUGCCUCCGGACCAGCAGUUCAUGGUGUUGGAGUUGGCCAACGCUGGCCAGGACCUAGAGGGCUACCAGUUCCAUAACGCUGAGCAGGCCUAUGCUCUCUUCAAGCAGGUGGCUUUUGGUCUUGCGGUUGCAGAGGAGGCGUUCCAGUUCGAACAUCGCGAUCUUCACUGGGGCAACGUGCUCAUUGCGCCCACAGAGCAGAAGUACGCAACGUUCGUGCUGCGUGGUCGGGUGCACCGAGUAGCGAGACGCGGGGUGGCGGCCACCGUGAUAGACUACUCGCUGUCCCGUCUGUCGCUGCGGCUGCCGAGCGCGGAGUCGGCGGCGUUGUACAACGACCUGAGUGCCGACGACGGGCUGUUCGACGCCGUGGGCGACUACCAGUUCUCGGUGUAUCGCCUUAUGAGGGACAAGCUCGGUAACGAUUGGAAGAAUUUCGAGCCAUACACGAACAUACUCUGGCUGCAUUACAUUGUGGAUAAAAUGAUAACAGCUCUGCGCUACACCAGGACCAACACUAAGAUACACAAGCACUAUAUUGCCAAGCUGAAGGAGAUCAAGAAUCGAAUCCUGGACUACGGAAGCGCCGUCCAAUACGUACUAACUGACAACGAACUAUAGAAGAAUCGAAUUAAAACUAUGCUAGAUUAACAUAAAAAAAAAUUUAAAUGUAAUAAUAAACCUCAUGUAAUAUUUAAAAUGGACGUCAUUACUCUCAGUACUGUAUGCGAUUGUUAUAGAAUUAUUGCUGACGCAUCAAAUUUUGUGAAUUAUUAUGAUGUAAAUAGAAAUGUUUGCUUUGAUAAAUUUGUUGAAGUUUUAGCUAAAGGUAUUAUUUACAACAUUGUUGUCGCAUUGGAACAAUAUCAACAGAAAGGGGCCUUCUUAGAUAUGCCUUUGUUCAAAUUAAAUAAAUUCAUGUACUAUAUACUAA